AUGUACGUAAGUUACUUUGAGUACCAAGAGAGCAGCAUGUAUCCUGAAUGUAAAAAGUACUCCAAUGGCAAUUUACCGCUGCAGAAUUUUCCAGUAAGUCCCCACUACUCAAAUUAUAUGGGGUACCAUAAUGUGCAUAGCGUGGACAACCAUGGACACCCGUCAAGUUUGUGGGAAAACAAUUAUGGAAUGGCAGUGGAUGAAUACAGUUACUAUGGCCCUGGAAUAUCUGGAACAAGUUCUCCUCCGGUAAUAUCUGGAUUGUCUAAUGGACAGACAAGGUAUGACUCUCAAGACUUUAGAGACAUGUAUCAUUCAGGAUCUGGGGAAGUACCUGUAAGUACUGUGAAUAUUCAGCCAUCCUCCAAUAACCAAAGACUUCAGCCUUAUGAAUGGGCAAAGAAAGCAAUGCACACAAAUCCUGCAGGAAAAACAAGGACGAGGGAGAAAUACAGGGUGGUCUACACCGAUCACCAGAGACUGCAGCUAGAGAAGGAAUUUCUCUCCAACAGAUACAUCACCAUUCGACGAAAGUCUGAAAUUGCACUGAACCUGGGUCUGUCUGACAGACAGGUAAAGAUCUGGUUUCAGAACCGACGAGCCAAGGAAAGGAAACUAAUCAAGAAAGCAGGGCAGCAUGAUGGCGGCAUGUGCUCCGUACAGAGGGACUCUGGAUCUGUCAGCCCAGCACAUAUGACCGCUAUGCUCUAUCCCCAGUCACAUGCAAUGGGUGGCGGGCGCUCAGUGGACAGCGUGCCUCAUGUUACCGUAUCACAGUAA